UUUUUGGCGCCUCAUAGAAGAGGAUGCUGGUGAUUUUUUCUUCCCCGGGCUUUUAAAUUAAGCCCCGCUUUCCUUAUAUGUGGAGCACCGUACCUUUUUCUCCUUGGAUCCUUCUCAUUUGUACAGUGCCCCCCCCCCCGGUGGUUUCAAGCUACCGGAGCUUUUGGGCGUGUAAUUUCUCCUUUCCCUCAAUUCAAUACUCGCGCUUCAACCUCGUUGUUCUGACCCGCCAUGGCUCUUGUAGCUGGUGUCAUCCGUCGCCUAGAUGAGAAGGUAGUGAACCGCAUCGCAGCUGGAGAGGUCAUCCAGCGACCCGCUAAUGCCAUUAAAGAGAUGAUCGAGAACUGUUUAGAUGCUAAAGCCACCAACAUCCAGCUGACAAUUAAAGAUGGUGGUUUGAAAUUUAUUCAGGUACAAGAUAAUGGUUCUGGAAUUAGGAAAGAAGACUUGGAUAUUGUGUGUGAAAGAUUCACUACCAGUAAACUGCAAACUUUUGAUGAUCUAGCCAGUAUUUCUACAUAUGGAUUUAGAGGUGAGGCAUUGGCUAGUAUAAGUCAUAUUGCUCAUGUUACUAUAACUUCUAAAACAGCUGAUGGAAAAUGUGCCUACAGGGCAAAUUACUGUGAUGGAAAACUGAAGAAUGUUCCAAAACCUUGUGCUGGAAACCAAGGAACUCAGAUCACAGUUGAAGAUCUAUUUUACAAUAUAGCCACCAGGAGAAAAGCUUUUAAAAAUUUGUGUGAAGAAUAUGCAAAAAUACUUGAUGUUGUCAGCAGGUAUGCCAUUCACAACUCUGGAAUCAGUUUUUCUGUUAAAAAGCAAGGCGAGACAGUUGCAGAUGUAAGAACACUAUCAAGUAAUACAACUAUCGACAAUAUUCGGUCUAUCUUUGGAAAUGCUGUUAGCAGAGAAUUGAUUGAAGUGGGCUGUGAAGAUGCAACAUUGGCUUUUAAAAUGAAAGGUUUGGUAACGAAUGCAAAUUAUUCCUUGAAGAAGUGCAUCUUUUUACUUUUUGUAAAUCAUCGAUUGGUAGAGUCAACUGCCUUGCGCAGAGCGAUAGAGACUAUAUAUGCUGCUUAUUUACCCAAAAGCAUGUGUCCAUUUUUAUAUAUAAGUCUUGAGAUUGCACCUCAAAAUGUGGAUGUGAAUGUGCAUCCUACAAAGCAUGAAGUUCAUUUCCUCCAUGAAGAUAGCAUCUUGAAGCAUGUACAACAACAUAUAGAGAGCAAAUUGUUAGGUUCCAAUUCAUCAAGGAUGUAUUUCACUCAAACAUUGUUACCAGCUAUAACCGCCCCUUCCACUGAAGUUGUUAAAUCGCCAAAAUCUUCAGCUACUAAAGGAAGUGAGCAGAUUUAUGCUCAUCAGAUGAUCCGCACUGACUCACAGGAUCAAAAAUUGGAUGCUUUUCUUCAACCAGUUAAUAAAAGUAAGAAUGCAGGGCUUGUGGCAGAACCAGAGGACAAUAGCAACAUGCAAAGUUGCAAGGCUAUUGGAGUACAAGAUGUUGAAAUGGAAGAAUCUGGUGAUUUGAAUGCAAGUGUUUCAAGAGCUGAAGAGACACCGAAAGAAUCAAUGGAAAGCCAAUCAAUGCCUAUUGAGGCAGUACCUGAAAGAAAGAGGCAGCGAACAGAUCGUGGUCUUGAAAUGGAAAAAAAUCCACAACAGGAAAUGGCUGCUGCCCGCACCCGAAGAAGAAGAAUUAUUAAUCUAACCAGUGUAUUGAGUCUUCAAGAAGAAAUUAAUAAAAGAGCAAAUGCAAGUCUUCAAGAGCUGCUUCGUGAUCAUUCCUUUGUUGGAUGUGUUAGUCCUCAAUGGGCACUGAUUCAGUAUCAGACAAAACUUUAUCUUCUGAAUACCACAAAACUCAGUCAAGAAAUGUUCUAUCAGAUCCUUAUUUAUGACUUUGGAAACUUUGGAGUUUUAAGAUUAUCAGAAGCAGCUCCUCUCUUUGAUCUGGCUAUGUUGGCCUUGGAGAAUGCUGAAAGUGGCUGGACAGAAGAAGAUGGUCCAAAGGAAGGCCUUGCUGAAUAUAUUGUUGACUUCUUAUCAAAGAAGAGUGAAAUGCUAAAAGAUUAUUUCUCCCUUGAAAUUGAUGAAGGAAAUCUUAUUGGAUUGCCGCUUCUGAUAGAUAAUUAUGUUCCUCCACUGGAAGGGCUACCUAUGUUUAUCCUUCGUUUGGCCACAGAGGUACUGUCUAUAGUAGUAAAGAAUGAAAAGAUUGUUUUUCACCUGUCGCCAUCAUGAACUGGAGUUACAAUUUCCAGAUUUCCUAGUCACUUGUCUUAGAAUUUGGGAAGUGUACAUUUCGAAGGCACCAAGUUUGGAAAAGCAAGAACAGAAAAGCUACACUUAUAAAUCUUGUAUCUAGAGUAUUAUUAUUUGUGUAUUUAUUUAUUAAAUGUAUAUGCUGUCGAUCUCACUAUCCGAAGUGAUUCUGGGUAACUUACAGCAACAUAAAAGCAUAUUUAUUUAUUUAUUUAUUUAUUUUGUCAAAUACAUAUUAAAUAAUAUAAAUAAGUAUAAGCAUGAACUGAAUACAUAAAAUGAAUACAACUAAAGGAAACAUUGGGACAGGGACGGUAGGCACGCUGGUGCUAUUAUGCAUGCCCCUUACAGUCCUCUUAGGAAUGGGGUGAGGUCAACAGUAGAUAGUCUUAGGUUAAAGUUUUGGGGAUUUGGGGAUGAGACCACGGAAUCCAGUAGUACAUUCCAGGCAUUAACAACUUUGUUACUGAAGUCAUAUUUUCUGCAGUCGAGAUUGGAGCGGUUCACUUUAAGUUUGAAUCUAUUGUGUGGUUGUGUAUUGUUGUGAUUGAAGCUGAAGUAGUCAUUGAUAGGAAAGACAUUGUAGCAAAUGAUUUUAUGAGCUAUGCUCAGGUCAUACUGAAGGUGGCGUUGUUCUAAAUUUUCUAAACCCAGAAUUUCAAAUCUGGUGGCAUUUUCUUGCGAGCAGAGGAGUUGAGGACUCUUCUUGUGAAAUAUUUCUGGAUGUGCUCAAUUGUAUUAAUGUCCGAUAUGCAGUGGGGGUUCCAGACAGAUGAGCUGUAUUCGAGAAUUGGUCUAGCAAAUGUUUUGUAUACUCUGGUUAGUAGUGUAAUCUUACCAGAGAAGAAGCUACGCAAGAUUAGGUUUACAACUCUUAUUGCCUUUUUGGCGACGUUGUUACAGUGGGCUUUAGCACUUAGAUCAUUUGAUGAGUACUCCAAGGUCCUUGACAGAGUGAGGGUCAUCUACAAGGUCAUGUCCACCUAGCUUGUAUUUUGUGUUCUGAUUCUUUUUGCCAAUGUGUAAGACAGAGCAUUUGUUGGUUGAGAUUUGGAGUUGCCAAUUUUUUGACCAUUCUGACACAAAGUCAAGGUCUUUUUGAAGGGUAGCAGCAUUGGUAGUGUUAAAUAGUUUAAUAUCAUCGGUGAAGAGAAUGCAGUUACUUAUAAUAUGAUCACAAAGGUGAUUUAUGUCUACUAUGAAGAGUGUUGGUCCUAGAACGCUGCCUUGGGGGACACCACUAUUAACAGGUGCAGGAUUUGAUAGAGCGCUGCCUAUUUUUACCACUUGUUGCCUGUUUGACAGGAACGCAGUUAUCCAAUUAGGGAGGGGUCCGGAGAUGCUGUAGGAUUUUAGUUUUAGAAAUAGUUUGUUGUGUACCACUGAAUGAAAGGCUUUACAGAAGUCUAUGUAAAUUGCAUCUAUUGCUUUGCCCUGUUCAAGAUUUGUAGUCCAUAUUUUUUGCAGUGUAGAAGUUGUAGAUUACAGGAUAUUUUUUUCCUGAAACCAAAUUGUUUAUUAGAGAGUAGGUUGUUUGUUUCUAGGUGGAGGGUAAUGGAUUGGUUGAUGAUAGAUUUCAUUACUUUGCAGGUGACUCAGCAUAGAGAGAUUGGUCUGUAAUUUUCAACUAGGGUGGGGUCUCCCUUUUUGAAGAUAGGGAUGACCGUGGCUAGUGACGAUAGAUUGGGAAGGGAGCUGGACCUGAAAGUUUUUUCAUAGAUUAUGCUUAGGGUUCUGCUAUAACAUUGGAAAGCUUUUUAGGAAGUAUGCACAUAGUCCAUCAGGUCCAAUAGAUAGAGAUGGUUUUAGUCUACGUAAUGCUUUUUCAACAUUAUCUUUUGUGAAAUCUAUUUGUAUUAGAUCAUUGUAGUCAUUAUUGGUACGAUUAGGGAAUGCUGGGCAUGAGCCAUUGCUAUUAACAAAGACUGAGCCGAAGAAUGUGUUAAAGAGGUUUUCUUUAACUGCUUCAUCAUUACAUUCUUUGCUGUUAGAUCCUUUUAGAGGUGGCAUGGAUCUCGAGUCUUUAAGUUUGUUGUUUACAAAAUUAUAGAAAGCGCGAUUGGAUUUUGUGUGCAGAAGGUUUUCUUCUUGUUUGAUGUGGUACUUUGCGCAUUCAAUCUUUAUUUGGUGGCAUAUAUUUUUGUAGCAGCUUUUAAAGUUAGCUACAUAGCCAAUUUUGUUUUUUCGCCGGAGGGAUAUUUUUUUUUAUUAGAGUUUUUUUUUUUUUGAUAUGGGUAAUUUAUUUUUCCUGGUUUUGGUGGUAAUUAUGUGGUACAUACAGUGUGAUAACUCUAUUGACUUCAAGCAAGAAACAGUUAGAGAAUAUAAUUUGCCAGUCAAGAGAUGAGAGGUCAGUGUCUAUGAGAUCAUAGUUGGCUUUUUUGAAGUUGUAGUUUGGUAUCCCAUUAUUAUGGAGAUUUUUAUAAGGGCAUAUAUUGAGACAAACGUUUAUUGUGCUGUGGUCACUGUUGGAAAAGGGUUCUUUUAAUUAUAAUCCAUAAAUUGAGUUUAAGUUAUUGCAGAAGAUGAGGUCGAGGCAGUUUUUGAGUCUAGUGUUGCUAGUUACUAGUUGAUCUACACCUAGAUUUGUAACAGCAUUGUAUAGAGUUGUAUGGAUGGGUUCAGUUGUACAUUCAUUUACUUUCCAAUUAAUAAGAGGUAGGUUGAGGUCACCCAGAAAGAUGAGAGGAUAAGGGCAAGAGGCUACCCAUGUUAGUAGAGUGGUUAACUUGUUUGCAUGUACAAUGUCGUAGUCAGGGGCUCUGUAACAUAGUAAGAAGCAAAGCGUGAUGUUAAAGGACAGUUCUCAGACGAUAGUUUCUGGAAGAGUGAGUUUAUGUGUAACUUGAAUAUUUUUUAGGUUUAGUGACUUUUUCUAAAAGAUAGCUACUCCACCUCCUCUGCAGAUUUCGCGAUCCGACCGCAAAACAUGAUAUUCUCUUACUGAGAUUAUGGAGUCAGGGAGGGAUGAGUUUAACCAUGUUUCACAGACAAAUAUAAUGUCAAAUGUACCAGUAUUUAAUAAGAGGAGAAAUUCGGGCAUUUUUGUUUACAAUGCUUCUUCCAUUUAUUAGUUUGCAUUUACACUCAUGGCCGAAAUUAUUGGCACCCCAGAAAUUUUUCCAGAAAAUCAAGUAUUUCUCACAGAAAAGUAUUGCAUUAACACAUGUUUUGCUAUACACAUAUUUAUUCCCUUUAUUCCCUAGAAUAAAACAAAAAAAGGCAGGAAAAAAAGCAAAUUGAACAUAAUGUCACACAAAACUCCAAAAAUGGGCUGGACAAAAUUAUUGGCACCCUUUCAAAAUUGUGGAUAAAUAUGAUUGUUUCAAGCAUGUGAUGCUCCUUUAAACUCACCUGGGGCAAGUAACAGGUGUGGGCAAUAUAAAAAUCACACCUGAAAGCAGAUAAAAAGGAGAGAAGUUCACUUAGUCUUUGCAUUGUGUGUCUGUGUGUGCCACACUAAGCAUGGACAAUAGAAAGAGGAGAAGAGAACUGUCUGAGGACUUGAGAACCAAAAUUGUGGAAAAAUAUUAACAAUCUCAAGGUUACAAGUUCAUCUCCAGAGAUCUAGAUUUGCCUUUGUCCACAUUAUCAAGAAGUUUUCAACCCAUGGCACUGUAGCUAAUCUCCCUGGGCGUGGACAGAAGAGAAAAAUUGAUGAAAAGUUGCAACGUAGAAUAGUCCAGAUGGUGGAUAAGCAGCCCCAAACAAGUUCCAAAGAAAUUCAAGCUGUCCUGCAGGCUCAGGGAGCAUCAGUGUCAGGGCGAACUAUCCGUCGACAUGUAAAUGAACUCUAUGGCAAGAGACCCAGGAGAACCCUACUGCUGACACAGAGACAUAAAAAACCAAGAGUACAGUUUGCCAAAAUAUACUUGAGUAAGCUAAAAUCCUUCUGGGAAAACGUCUUGUGGACAGAUGAGACAAAGAUAGAGCUUUUUGGUAAAGCACAUCAUUCUACUGUUUACCGAAAACGGAAUGAGGCCUACAAAGAAAAGAACACAGUACCUGCAGUGAGCCAUGGUGGAGGUUCAAUGAUGUUUUGGGGUUGUUUUGCUGCCUAUGGCACUGGGUACCUUGACAUCAUAAAAUCUGAAAUCUGAGGAUUACCAAAGGAUUUUGGGUCGCACUAUAGAGCCCAGUGUCAGAAAGCUGGGUUUGCGUCCAAAAUCUUUUUUUUUUAUUUGAAUUUAUAUCCCGCCCUUCUCCAAAGACUCAGGGCGGCUUACACUGUGUUAAGCAAUAGUCUUCAUCCAUUUGUAUAUUAUAUACAAAGUCAACUUUUAUUGCCCCCAACAAUCUGGGUCCUCAUUUUACCUAUCUUAUAAAGGAUGGAAGGCUGAGUCAACCUUGGGCCUGGUGGGACUUGAACUUGCAGUAAUUGCAAGCAGCUGUGUUAAUAACAGACAGACUUAGUCUGCUGAGCCCUUAGGUCUAUCAGCAGGACAAUGACCCCAAACAUACGUCAAAAAGCACCCAGAAAUGGGACUUCCUGUUUGGCACCGUAGGUGAUGGUGGUGAUCUUUACGAUCACCAACCUCUGGAUUAUGUGGAAUUGCUAGGACAGCUUAAAUCUGACAUCCAGCGGUUCGAAAAAACCCCUCUUCGGGAGAAGAAGAGGAGGUGAGCUGCAGGGUAGAGGUAGAACUUCCCUAAAGCCCCUGAGAAAAAUGGGGUUUGAAGGGUUAAGUUCCCUACAGCAACCCGAAGUGCUCCAGAUCCGAGGAUUUUUCUGCUUUGGCGGAACCAAUCACCACGACCAAACGCCGAGAUUUAUUUUGGACAAUAAUAAAGGAUUAUACCGGACAGAACGAAAGUGGGAGAACUUUAUGCAAGUAGCCAAGCCAAUUCCCCGUUACUUUGUAACAAGCUUGAAAAUAGCAAGAAAAUGGAGGCAAAUUGUUAACAAGCUAACGAGUGGAAAGCGAAAGUGAUACUUUUAGUCCUUGCCGUCUGCUGCUGGUAAAUUGCAUGUUAUUUGCUACUUUAACUCUUUGCUGCCUGCUGAUAGAAUCUAGGGGAGAUUUUUAAAUAUUGCUUUAAAAGACUCAGAGGCUUCUCAGAGGUUAAGAAGAUUUAAAGUGAAUAUUAAGUUGGAAAUAAAUAAAUAAAUAAAUAAUUUUAUAGAAGAUGGCAGCCAAACAAUUAAAGUCUACUGUAACAAAGGGCUCUGGAAUUUCAUCAGCUAGUGCCUCUCCAGCUCAUACAGCAGAGACUAGAACAUUGAAUUUAGAGGCGUUACAAGAGAACUUAAAAGACUUUAUACAAGAAAAAUUUAAAGUAAUAAUUGAUGAGAUGUCUGAAAUGAAAGAGCAGAUAUUAGAAAUUCAAGUGGGAAAUAAAGAAGUUAAAGAAGGAUUUGUCAUUGCAGUACAAAGUUAAUGGUUUGAAUUCACCACAGAAGAGAAGGAAAGUAUUUCAUUAUUUGAAACAAUUUAAAAAUGACAUUACCUGUUUACAAGAAACACAUAUUAGAUCUUUAGACCAGAAAUAUUUGAUAAACUCAAAACUGGGAGUACAUUUUGUUGCCUCCUCUUUGGAAAAAAAAACGGUUUAGUUAUAUAUAUAAAGAAGGAUAUAUCAGCAAAAUUAAUUGAGGUGGAUAAGUAAGGAAGAUACAUUGCUAUUGAACUUUUGUUGGAGGGAAAGAAGACAUUAUUAAUAGGAGUUUAUGCUCCAAAUCAACAACAAGAAAAUUUUUUCAAGUUUUUACAUAAAAGAAUAGUAUUUUGGGAUUAUAAAUCAUACAUAUUUAUGGGUGAUUGGAAUGGUGUGUUGGAUACUCAAAAAGACAAAAAAAGUUUAAGGAAGAUGUCAAGCCGGGCGAAAUUACCAAAGGCUUUUUUUGAAAUGAUGGAAGACUUGGAAUUAAGAGAUAUUUGGAGAGAACAUAAUACAGAAGAGAGGGAUUUUACCUUCUUUUCUGACAGGCAUCAAUCAUUUUCGAGGAUUGAUUUUAUUUUGAUUUCUAAUGAUUUGUAUUCUAGAGUGAAGGAGACUAAGAUUUGUUCAAGAACUCUAUCUGAUCAUAGUCCGGUUUGGAUUGAAUUUGAUCGGGAAAAGGAGGCUAGGAGAUCAUGGAGGUUGAAUGAGAAUUUGUUUAAAUAUGAACAAAAUGUAAAUGAAUGUAAAAAGCAAAUGAAAGAAUUUUUUAUUAUGAAUAUGAAAAAGAGACAUCUAUAGAGAUGAUUUGGGACGCUAGCAAGCUUAUAUGAGAGGAAAUCUUAUACAAAUGAAUAUUAAAUACAAAAAUAAAUUACAGAAAAAGAAAAAGGAAUUGGAAAAGGAAAUUAAAAAGAAAGAACAGUUAUUGAUAAAUAGCCCAGGAAAUAGUAAAAUAAAAGAAUCAAUAAAUAUAUUAAGAGGUCAGUUUAACAUGUUGAUGGCAGAUCAAGUAGCAAUUAAUUUACAAUAUGUAAAACAUAAUACGUUUAAUAAUGCCAAUAAGCCAGGAAGAUGGCUUGCCUAUUUAAUAAGGAAAAAACAGAAAUCACGAACGAUUGAUAAAAUAGAAUAUAGGGGUAAGGAAGUUUAUCAAAAGAACUUGA